CACACAGCGGGUUUUGCAUUCGCUGGUGUCUGGCGAGAAAAAGUAAAGAAUCAGAAGCUGUGAGUAAGCAUGCUAUCUAACAAAUCAGCAGCGGACAGUUACAUUCAACAUCACAUCUUAAGAGGUCUAUUGGCUUGUGUUUUUAAGCGAGGUUCUUAAGAAUGUGUAUUUUUUGCAACAACUCGUCAUCCAGUUAUGGCCAAUAUAAAUGCCCGCUGCUUAUUUGUUAGAUGGCAUGCUUGCGCACAGCUUCUGAUUCUUUUCUUUUUCUCGCCCGUCAUCAGCGAAUGCGAAACCCGCUGUGUGGCAAGAACAAGGGGGAGGCUGGGGAGUGCGCAGAGGAGACACGGUCAUUUUUUUUUCUCUCUGCUCAUCAGGGGUCUCCGUCUCUAGCUAUAUAAGGCGCUUAGUUUCACAGAGGUAACACAGUUUCCUACGAGCCUCAGGAAAAUCGCCAAAUAGCAACAGCAGCCACAGCAGCCCGCUCCUGUAAUAAGGAAACAAUCCAGCUCUCCAGCGCAGACUGACCUAUAUCUUCCAGCAGCUGCAGAGAGACAGAGGUUAUUUGGGCUCCUGAGGAGGUUUAUUACCCCAGACAGUUUGCAUAUCAGAAUGACCCAUUCUGCUUCGCCUUGCCUCCUCUUCCUCUCCCUCCUGAUGCGAUGCGUCACUGACUCGUCUUCGCUCUUCCUGCCGGAUUCCAAGGAACUGCGGCACCUGCUGAGCCGCUACGAGCAAGAAGCGGACCAUAACGGCGUUGGCUCCACAGCUGGCAACAGGACAAGACGAGCCAUCCUCUGGUCGGACCGGGAGGAGAUCCUUCAGCUGCACAACAAGCUGAGGGGCAGCGUUUAUCCCACCGCCUCAAACAUGGAGUACAUGGUUUGGGACGAUGAGCUGGAGAGGUCAGCCACUCACUGGGCUGAGGAGUGUCAGUGGGACCAUGGACCUCAAGACCUCCUCAUGUCGAUUGGACAAAACCUGGCAGUACACUGGGGGAGAUACCGCUCACCUGCCUUCCAUGUCCAGGCGUGGUACGACGAAGUAAAGGACUACACUUUCCCUUACCCUCAAGAGUGCAACCCGUGGUGCCCUGACCGCUGCUCAGGGCCAAUGUGCACCCACUACACCCAGCUGGUCUGGGCAACCACGAACCGAGUGGGCUGUGCUGUUCAUGUGUGUCCAAGGAUGAACGUGUGGGGAGAAAUAUGGGAGAACGCUGUUUACCUUGUUUGCAACUAUUCCCCAAAGGGAAACUGGAUCGGAGAGGCCCCAUAUCAACAUGGUCGUCCUUGUUCUCAGUGUCCUCCAAGUUUUGGAGGAGGAUGUAGAAAUAAUCUGUGCUACAAAGACUCUCAGCGCUCGGAGACGGAGGACAUGAACGAGGUAGAAAAGCCUCAGGUACCACUGUCGCCUCGGACCACCUCCAAACCGACCCCCAGACCUCCCAGAAAACCUGCAACCAAACCCUCCUCUCCCAAAACCGCCACCCCAAGGACAUCCUCCCCAAAGUCUCCCAACAAUCCAUAUCUCGCUCACAACAUUAAGUGUGAGACUAAACUGCGGGAUAAGUGUAAAGGAGCAACCUGCAACAGACACAAUUGUCCAGCAAAUUGUCUAAAUACAAAAGGGAAGGUUUGGGGGACCGUUUCUUAUGAUGUGCAAUCAAGUAUUUGCCAAGCUGCUAUCCAUUCUGGGGUCAUCGACAACAAUGGAGGGCUGGUUGACAUAACAAGGACAGACAAGUUGCCUUUCUUUGUCAGAUCCACAAAAAAUGGAGUUGAGUCUCUCAGCAAAUAUAAACCUGGCAACUCUUUCACGGUGGCCAAAGUGGAAGAAUAUAAUGCCGAUUGCUACACCACAGUGAGGGAAAUCUGCCCAUAUAGACAACCAUUCUCACACUGUCCCAGAAUCAUCUGUCCAGCCAGCUGUAAGACUCAGCCAUCCUAUUGGUCGCCUGUAGUUGGAAACAACAUCUAUGCAGAUAGCUCUAGCAUUUGCAAAUCGGCCAUCCAUUCAGGGGUAAUCAAAGGAGACGGAGGUUUUGUUGAUGUUCUGCCACUGGAAAGAAGAAAGAGUUACGCUGGCGUCCUAAAAAAUGGCAUCCAGUCUGAAAGCCAAAGCAACACAGACGGAGGCUCCUUUAGACUCUUUGCCGUGAAGGUGUGACCCUUUUGAAGUCUGAGGACCAACAGAGUUUGCUCAGCAAGUGCCCACAGGUUGGAUACCAUGACCCUUGUGCAGUGGAGUCCGAAAAUAUAUACAUUUCCUUUGUCCCACCAUUUAUCACUGUAAUCUCCAGUAGAAAUGCUUCUUUAUCAUCUGGGCAUAUUGUAUUUUGAUGGUCCUUAUUUUUACAUAAUCUGUGAAUACAGAAGAUUUUAUUAUGAAUUGAACAGCUGGUGCUGAAAUAUUGUAGGUACACAGAAAUAAUUAUGUUUACAAUAAUGUUCAUGUUAAAUAUAUAUGUUGGUUUUCAUACACAAGAAUGUAUACUGAUCACACUGUAUUUAAUCCUGUCCAGAAUACAUGGUGAUUUUUUUGUUUUGUUUUUGACAGUUAUUACAAUAUAUUAAUUUGUUUAUGCUUUAUUAGUAAUUUCUUUUAGUGGCUAAUUGGGUUAUAAUUUUCUACUGUUGAACAUUUAGACUACAAGCUGCCAAACAUUUUAGUUUCUGACCUACAAAUAACAGAGACAGAGAUUUUUGACCCACAAGAUUUUCUUUUUAUGUUUUUUUCAAGUUAGAUUAAAUAUUUUAUUAAAAUUUUUAAGGCCCAAGCUGUACCCCUUUACCCGGGAUAGGGUCUCAAACCACAAUCUUAAAACUCUUGCUGUCGAGUCACGUCCAAGUGUAAAUUAAAUUUAAAAGUUGAGACUGUGUGUGGGAACUGGUCACAGGGAAGGAGAGCUUCUGAAGAAUAAAGUAGUGGGAAUGUAUUAAAUACCAGAUACAUUUUUUAUAAGAUGAGCUCCAAUAUCUCUGUCUUGUUUAGUGCUUGCUUAUUUCUCUGGUUAUUUCCUGAUGCCCUUUUGUAUAUAUGAAAAUGUUUCGUUGUCCCUGCCCCCACUUAUGACAAUUGAAUGUGUUGCAUGGUUCAGGUACAGAGAUGUUUGUAUUUUAAUGGUGUGAGUAUGUGUAACAGUUUGCGACAUUGAACUGCAGUUUGUGCGUUUUGGAACAACUAGCGCUAUGCAGCACAAUUAGAGAAGAUACCUACUAUGCUGAUUUGUUUUAUUCUAGAAAAGAACAUGCUUCUUUGUUCAAAUUACCGAUAAAGCAAAUAAAUUUGGUUUUGUAGGCCUUUUGCUUCCAGUUACGGCCCUAAAGCACAGUAGACAUGUUAAAGCACUUUUAAGCUUUGUUGUGCCUCCUGUUUUUUAUUAUUACUAAAGAUGAAAAGCAUUUGUAUUUAUAGUCAAAGUGAUAAUCUGGAAAAACUGCAGCCAUGUAUGCUAUGUCUUUCUAUCUCUUUAUUCUACCUCAGUCCUAUUGCUUUGCUCAGCAGUUUUUUUGGGAGGGAGAUUUUGUUUUAAUGAAAGUUUUGUAAAAUACGGCAACUGUAAAUAAUAUGAUCUCUGUUUUUAAAUUUCAUUCUCUAAAACGAUGAUUAAAACAUGUAUAUUUGUUUGUUUUCUGUGCUGUUUUUUAACAGAUGUGGUGGUGUAUGUCCUAUACGUUUUUUGCACAAUAUGAAAAUAAAGUAUGUUUUACAAAUGCAAA